CUAAGCUCAUCCUACUCUUUGUUCCAGGGUGUAACAUUUCCUUAAAGAAGAAAUAAGUACGUAUAAGAGGCCCGCUCCCCAUGAGACAGCACUAUGCGUUUUAUACUGUGAUAAAUGACUCCACCAUUAUGAAACCCGUGCUAUUAACAGUCUAACACUUAAUGGUAGUUUUAACUCCGGAGCUGCGAUUCAUCUCUGAACAUGUCUCAUGGACACGGCUCACACUCAGACUAAAUUGAAGGGUUAGGGAGAGAAAAAGUCCAGUGACGCACAUCUUUUACAGCUCCUGGUACCUGUCCGGUUACUGUAACUUCACACAGGAGUAAUCACACUACUCCAAUGACGUUACCGAGCACCCCGCAUAUAAAGGAGCGCGGGCAGGACUCUCUGGACAAAGAGGACACCCGAGACCAGGGAAGAAGUAGCUGCUGCGGAGAGCUUGUGGACUGAUUUUACGCACGCACGCACCCACUAUGGACUACUGCUGAGCUCUGAAGGAGGACACAGUGCGCGUGAACACAGCUGCCGCUCGAACAUCAGACCUUCACUCGUUUUCUUUUUUCUUUUAUAGACGUUUAUUACAGACUUAUUGAGGUUUAAAGAAACAGUUUUUGGCACCAUGAAGUUGUUGUUUUUCCAUGUUUUGAUGGCUUUUGUCGCCGUCGCUCAAGUUUUCUGCGAGGAGCAAAAAGAGGAGGCUGACUACUGGACGGGCAGUAACCAGAUUCAGGACCGCUGGCUCCCCCAAGACUCGUUCAGAGACAUCCUCCUGAGGAUGACGAGAAAGCCGCGGCCGCACCAGUUCAUCGGCCUGAUGGGGAAACGCUCCAUGGGAAACACACAGAUCACCAACAAGAGGCAUAAAGUCAACUCUUUUGUCGGCCUGAUGGGGAAAAGGAGCCAAGAGGAGCCAGAGUCCUACGAGUGGAGCACAGCACAGAGGUACGACAGACGCCGCUGAACAGUCAUCUCCUCUCCGCCUGCUUCUCUUCUCGCCGCUCCUCGUCUGCAGGAGGACGAGUGAUCGACGCUGGUUUUUGUUUUCUCCAAACUGUGUGUAGCUGUUAGUCAAAUAAACGGUUUCUGUUUCCACAUUGUAGUGAUGUAGCAGUGCUGUACCCAUACCAGUCUCAUUCAUCAAUGCAGGAGGAAGAUUGGGGAGAUAGAGGGGGGAAAUGUUUUCUUAUCAAUGUUAGAUUUUUCAACCAUCUGCUUCAAAGAGUAAAUGUUGUUGUGGACCAUCAAAGCAAGGCGAUACCCCGGGGUAUGCUGAAGAUUGCACUGCCAAAGUCACUGUAUAGUGCCUCAUUUCUGUUUAAUUGCUACUGAUUGUUCUAUAAAUACGUCACACCGGGACAGGAUCUCAUUCUGGGUUUCAUUUAGAACCGUCAUGAUCUCCACCUGGUGUGAUAUGACAGGAUACCUGUGUUUACGUGAUUCAACAAAUAUUAAAAUUAUUUUCUUUACUGGUUCAACUUCA